GAAAAACAUGCACCCCACGUUUAAAAUCUCACAAACACCAACAACAAUGGAGACAAACACAAGUCAACACUAAGAUUCAAACAAUAAUCCACACAAAAACCAAUAAACCAAAUUUCUCAUUAAUCAUCCACCAAAUCCUUUUUAACCUCUCAUAAGAAAUUUGAGUUUUUUUAUUUAUUUAUUUCUUUUCCUCUUUUGACUUUUCUCAAGAACUUGCUCAUAUCACAACUUCCUUCAAUUCCAUGUUGCAAACGUGCAACCCAUAAGAAUCAAUCAAGAACACAUUUGUCAAGAUGACAACAACAAUCGAUGAACAAGAUGCCAACAACAACGACCUGGUUUCCAAGGUUAAGGUGAAACGUGCCGAGUUGGAGCAGAUGAAGGAACGAUUUGCUAAACUUCUUUUAGGAGAAGAUAUGUCGGGUGGAGGAAAGGGGGUUUCAUCUGCUUUGGCUUUAACAAAUGCAAUUACAAAUCUUGCAGCUUCGGUAUUUGGGGAGCAACAUAAAUUGGCUCCAAUGCCUGAAGAUCGGAAAAGAAGAUGGAGACGAGAAGUCGGUUGGCUUCUUUCUGUAACCGAUUACAUUGUUGAGUUUGUUGCUUCUCAACAAGCGGGGAAAGAUGGAUCAAAUAUGGAGAUUAUGAUGACACAACAAAGAGGCGAUUUGCGGAUGAACAUUGCGGCUUUAAAAAAACUCGAUGCGAUGCUCAUUGGUUGUCUAGACAAUUUCAGGGAUCAGAAUCAGUUUUGGUAUGUAUCAAAAGAUGCAGAUGAAUCUGAAAAAGGCGUUCAAAGAAGUGACAAAUGGUGGUUACCCACAGUCAAAGUUCCAGCUGAAGGUCUUUCAGAAGAAUCAAGAAAAUGGAUGCAAUAUCAAAAAGAUUGUGUCAACCAAGUUCUUAAAGCUUCCAUGGCUAUCAACGCACAAAUACUUGGAGAAAUGGAAAUUCCCGAGAACUAUAUUGAUACUCUCCCCAAGAAUGGUAGAGAAACCCUUGGAGACUCGAUCUACAAGAGCAUCACGGUUGACUUUUUUGACCCGAGUCAGUUUCUAAUGACCAUGGAUUUGUCAUCAGAGCUAAACGUACUUGAUCUCAAGAACAAAAUCGAAGCUUCUAUAGUGAUAUGGAAGAGAAAGAUGAAUCAAAAGGACUCAAAAUCUUCUUGGAGUUCAGGGAUAAGCAUGGAGAAACGAGAACAGUUUGAAGAACGAGCAGAAACCAUCUUAAUCCUCCUAAAACAACGAUUCCCAGGACUCCCACAAUCGUCACUUGAAAUCAGCAAAAUCGAAUCCAAUAAAGAUGUCGGACACGCAGUAUUGGAAAGCUAUUCGCGAGUUUUGGAGAGUUUAGCGAGCACAGUGAUGAAUCGAAUCGAAGACGUACUUUACGCCGACAACGUAGCACAAGAUCCGUCCUUGCUGGCGAAGAAGAAGUCCACGUCAGCACGAGUAAGAGUAGCUACGAGUGAAGAUAGCAAUGAAACGCCAGAUCAUAGUCCAGGUCAGACGCCUACAGAAUCGAUGACGUUAUCUGAUUUCAUGGGGUGGAGUAUCGAUCAAGAACAAGAAGAAUCAAACACAAAGAAUGGCGACUCGAGCCCUAAACAAGUGGAAGAAAACGAGAACGAAAAGUAUCAGAGCUAUUCAGCUAGAAUUUUGGCAAGAACAAAGAAUUCGUAUAUGGAGAAGCUUGGGGGUAUUGGAUUAAGAAGCCCAACAACUCGCCAUUAAUGGAGAUUAAAAUUUUAAAACUAGGGUUAGUAAAAGAGAUAAUCAGCUAUUCAUUGUAAAUAAACUCGUAAUCAUCUUCGUAAUAUAAUACUAUAAUUUGAGUACUAGUUGUGAACUUA